AUGCUCGCAACCCAAAUGCCCCCUCCGGCCUCGCAUCGUCCCCCGACUCCCACUUCGAACUCGUCCGGAGUAGAGGUACCUGCUUCGCAUUCAACCAUGUCUCCUGGCCCCCCUUCACAACAUUCUACAGUAUCACAUUCCAGCAUGGCUUGCGGCCUCACAUCAAGUGCGACAAAUCGACCCCCAACGCUCUCAAGGCCAAAACUCACCCUACAAACCUCGUCGCUUCCUGUCACAUUUGGCCGUUCGACAACGGGCUUAUCACUCUCCCUGGCCGCUGGUGCCACAGCAUCUCCCACUGUUCACAACACCUUCAAGAAUGCCUACGAUGUUGCAUAUCCGCCUUCGGCAACCGUCUCCCCGUCUAGGUCCACCAGCAAUCGCUUCUCCAAACCGUCGUCACCGUAUACUUCCAGCAACCCCUACCAGCUACCACUCGGCGUAAAGAGUAUCCUUCGCAACUCACGCUUGGAGCGACGGCCGAGCCAAGCGGCCCCGAACGGUCCUAAUGGCUCUUCAUCAUCACGCCGAGUAUUCUUCCCGGCCAAGAAGCAAGUAAACUAUCGUUACCCGUUAGAGGAGGAAAUCAAGACCGUCAAGUACACGGCGCGCCAUUCAGAUAUAGUCUCCGAUUCGGAAGCUGAGUCCUGUGAAACAGGCUCCGACGAUGACUCGGAUUACUCUAGUUCCAGCCUAGUUUCGUCGGAUACUACACCUUCGGACGACGAGGCCAAUCCUUCCGAGCCAGCCGCAGACAAGAAGAAAAAGAAGCGAAAGUAUCGCAGCAAUGAACGACAAGUUCGCGCAGCCGCCCUCAGAGAUGGCUUGGAGGACCCAUAUACCUCAGUAAACUCGUCAACACCUCAAACGCCUCUACAAGGCCGCCUCAAGCGCCGUCGCGAAUGGAAGUGGACUCUGGGACCGCUAGACGAAGCCGGCAGUACCCCAGUUUCUUCACAAUUGUCUACAUCAAAUACUCAACUAUCCACUCCAUCGGAAUCAGAGCAAGAUCCCGAGUAUCCCACAAAGGAACCUGACAUCCUUUCCCUCAACGUGGCUACGGUUCGACCCACAUCCCAACCAUCACAAUUGACGACCCCAAUCUCCCUCGCUCCGAGUGACGCAUCAGAAAGCAACACCGCCCUUUCCCCGGUCCACCCCAUUAACUACUAG